AUGGCUGGAGCAUUUGUUGGUGGUGCCCUUCUUUCUGCUUUCCUUCAAGUGGCAAUUGACAGGCUGGCUUCUCCUGAAGUUGUGGACUACUUUCGAGGAAGAAAACUCAAUGAGAAGCUGCUGAACAGGUUCAACAGCAAGCUGCUUUACAUCAAUGCUGUGCUUGAUGAUGCAGAACAAAAGCAGAUCAGAAACCAACAUGUGAAGACCUGGCUUGAUAAGGUCAAAGAUGCUGUGUUUGAAGCAGAAGAUUUGGUCGAUGAAAUAGACACUCAAGUCACCAAAUGCAAGCUGAAAGCCGAGUCUCAGAUCAAUACUAGCAAGGUAUGGACUUUCUUCAGUCGAGUUUCUGUUAGUUCAUUUGACAAGGCAAUUAAAUCGAGGAUGGAAAAAGUCCUUGACAACCUAGAAUAUCUUGCAAGCCAAAAGGAUAUACUAGGUUUGAAAGAAGCUAGUGGUUUUGGUCUUGGUCUUGGAUCAGGAAGUCAAGUGUCACCAACUUUGCCAACAUCAUCUUUGCUAGGUGAAACUGUUGUAUAUGGUAGAGAUGAUGACAAAGAUAUUAUCUUUAAUUGGCUGACAUCUUAUGCUCAGAAUGAUAACAAGCUAUCAAUAAUUUCUAUAGUGGGUAUGGGCGGGAUGGGUAAGACCACACUUGCCCAACAUUUAUACAAUGAUCCAAGGAUGGAUGGUGAAUUUGAUCUCAAGGCUUGGGUCUGCGUUUCAGAUGAAUUUGAUGUUUUUAAGUUGACAAGAGCUAUUCUUGAGGCAAUCACUAGAUCAACUGAUGAUGGCAGAGACUUGAAUAUGCUUCAAGAAAGAUUGAAGGCAAAAUUAACAGAAAAGAAAUUUCUUCUGGUUUUGGAUGAUGUCUGGAACGAAAACCGCAUGCAAUGGGAAGCUUUGCAAACUCCUCUUAAUUACGGGGCCCGGGGAAGCGAAAUUCUUGUCACCACACGCAGUAAGCAAGUUGCUUCAGCUAUGCGAUCAGACAAAAUGCAUAGCCUCGAGCAAUUACAAGAAAAACAUUGCUGGCAAUUGUUUGCUAAACAUGCAUUCCAAGAUGAAAAUACUCAGUUAAACCUUGAGUUCGAGGAGAUUGGCACAAAAAUAAUUGAAAAAUGCAAAGGAUUGCCUCUGGCCUUGAAAACAAUUGGAAGUCUCUUAUAUGGAAAAUCAUCAAUUUCGGAAUGGAAAAGUAUACAAACAAGCGAGAUAUGGGAUUUACCGGAAGAGGAUAGCAAUAUUAUCCCUGCUUUGAGACUGAGCUAUCACCACCUUCCUUCUCAUCUGAAGAGAUGCUUUGCUUACUCUGCCUUAUUCCCCAAAGAUCAUAUAUUUGAAAAGGAGUAUUUGAUUCUAUUAUGGAUGGCUGAAAAUUUUUUACAAUGUCCUAAACAAGGUAAGAGCAUAGAAGAAGUUGGUGAACAGUACUUCGAUGAUUUAUUAUCGAGGUGUUUUUUUCAAAGAUCAAAUGGAGAUGAAAUGCUUUUUUUCAUGCAUGACCUUCUCAAUGAUUUGGCCAAAUAUGUAAGCGGGGAUUUUUGUUUCAGGUUGGAAGUUAAGGAAGCACAAAAUAUAUCAAAAAUGACUCGUCAUUUUUCGUUUGUAACUAAGCAUUACUAUUAUUUUGAAGUGCCUGAGGGUUUAUGUGAUGCUAAAAGGUUACGUACAUUUCUCCCAUUGAGUGAAAUUUCCGAAGACAGAUAUUUUUCUUAUUGGGAGUCUAGAAUGUGGGUGCAUAACUUGCUCUCCAAGUUGAAGUUCUUACGUGUCUUUUCUUUGCGUGGUAAUCGCAAUGUAAAAGAGUUGCCUGAUUUUAUAUGCAAUCUUAAAUUACUCCGUUAUUUGGACCUUUCGGGUACUGCAAUCAGAAAGCUACCUGAUUCCAUAUGUUUGCUCUACAACUUACAAACACUGAAGUUGUCAUGUUGUCACAAUUUGGAAGAGUUGCCCUUGAAUUUGCAUAAACUCACAAAUUUGCGUCACCUUGAUUUAGAUGGAACUGAACUGAGAAAGAUACCACCGCAUUUGGAGAAAUUAAAGAAUCUACAAGUAUUGUCUACAUUUUACGUGGGCAAAGGUAGCGAGUCCAAUAUCGGGCAAUUAGGAGAACUCAAUCUCCAUGGAUCACUCUCAAUUUCGGAGUUGCAGAAUAUUGUUAAUCCCUCGGAUGCAUUAGCAGCGAAUUUGUUAAAUAAAAUACACCUUGUGAAUCUACAUUUAGCAUGGAGUGAAAAAAGCCAUGAUGAUUCACAGAAAGAAAGGGAAGUACUCGAGAAGCUACAACCUUCCAAACACUUGAAAAAGCUGUCACUGACAAACUACGGUGGUACACGAUUUGCAGAUUGGUUUGGAGAUAAUUCAUUAUCCAAUGUGGUGUCCUUAAAGUUGAUCAACUGUAAAAAUUGUAUCUUGCUGCCCCCCCUUGGACUUCUGCCAUAUCUCAAGAAUCUGUCAAUUAAGGGGCUCCAUGGGAUAGUGGUUGUUGAUGCUGAAUUUUAUGGGAGUAGCUCUUCUUCUUCUGCUGUUUCAUUUCAAUCCCUCGAAACCUUAAGCUUGGGCGAUAUGAAGGGAUGGGAAAAGUGGGAAUGUAAACUUUUGACGAGUGCUUUUCCACGUCUUCGAGAGCUUUGUAUAGAGAAUUGUCCCAAGCUGAAAGGGCACUUGCCGGAGCAACUUAUUUGUUUAACGAAACUAGUUAUUUAUGAAUGCCGACAGCUUGAGGCCUCUGUUCCCUGGGCUCCAACCAUUGAAGAAUUACAACUAGAGCAUUGUGGAAAGGUGCAAUUUGAUUAUCAUCCAUCUACUUUGAAAAGUUUAAAGAUUGUUGGACGCUGCAUGGAAGGAUCUUCGCUUGAAAGGAUUGGGCACAACAGUCUUGAAAAGUUGCACAUUCAUGAUUGCCCAAAUAUGAAUAUUCCCAUAAACCAUUGCUACAAUUUCCUUGUAGAAUUGUGGAUCAUGAGUAGCUGUGAAUCUCUAAGGACCUUUCCGCUGGAUUUCUUUCCAAAACUCCGUUUGCUCUGUUUAUUCGGUUGUAUUAAUCUUGAAAUGGUUUCACAGGAGGAGCAUGGCGGUAAUCUCACAUCUCUUACUCGCCUUGAAAUAAUUGAUUGUCCACAACUUGAGUCGUUCUGUGGUGAAGGUUUGCCAUCAAACCUAAGACAUCUGCGUCUCUCCAAAUGCUCCAAGCUUAUGGGCUCACUGAAAUGGCCUUUGAGAACAAACACUUCUCUAGUUUCCUUGCAAGUUGAAAAAGUGGAUGUGGAGUCUUUUCCUGAUCAAGGGUUGCUUCCUGUCUCUCUUAAUAGUCUAUGGAUCAAAGAUUGUCAAGAUCUUAUAAAACUGGACCACAAUGGUCUCUGCAACCUCUCCUCUCUUACUGAAUUGUGGCUUCAAGACUGCCCCAGACUCCAAUGCUUACCGGAGGAAGGUCUGCCCAAUUCCAUUUCAUCUCUAACCAUUAGGGGCAAUUGUCCGUUGCUCAAACAGCGUUGCCAGAAACCCAAUGGUCAAGAUUGCGGGAAAAUUACCCACAUUGAACACGUAUACAUUGAUAAUGAUUAUUGA